AUUACCAUGACCAGAAGAUUCAGAACACCACUCUGCAUGUCUCUCUUUGUUUUUCUUCCACUUCUGGCUGUUGUUGCUCAUGCAAGAACUUUAUCAGAGAAUAGGUGGCAUGGGUUGAUGCAGGUGAGUGAUGAUUUGGAGAUGCUUACAAGUGUCCCACCUCCUCCAUCUCCUGAGGCACUACAGAAGAUAACCCAAUAUCAAAGGCCUUCAGCACCGUCGCCUCCACCGCCAGAAUCAUCAGAUUCCCCGGAUCAAAGCACAAGAAGAAGUGCUUUCCCUUGUUUGACAGGGAGAUUAUGCAGUGGGUUCAAGAGAACCGAUUAUGGAAAGACCUCGAUAUCAUCAACUACUCCACCAUCUCUGACAUCAGCUUCAGCAUCCCAAAAUGAUUCUUCUCUUUCUACUGCAAAGGGUACUGUGUGUAAUUACAAAGUCGGGAGCAUGAUAGAUUACAAGAAGGAAUCAUCUUCACCACCCCCACCACCAUCAUCAUCAAAAUCUCCUAUAACGGUGGCAAAGCCAUCAGCUUCACCACCCCCACCACCAUCAUCAUCAAAAUCUCCUGUAACGGUGGCAAAGCCAUCAGCUUCACCACCCCCACCACCAUCAUCAUCAAAAUCUCCUGUAACGGUGGCAAAGCCAUCAGCUUCACCACCCCCACCACCAUCAUCAUCAAAAUCUCCUAUAACGGUGGCAAAGCCAUCAGCUUCACCGCCUCCAUCACCAUCAUCAUCAAAAUCACCAGUACAGAUAUCCUACAACCCUCCUCACAUUCCCACCAUAGCUUCAUCGUGACAUAUACCGAAUUUUCCAAAUAAUUAAGCUUGUGAUUAGUACUUACAUGAUGAUAUUAAAAAAUAUGAAGCCAUCGAGGAUGGUUGCCUGAGGAAGAGUAGUACUGUCUACAAUUACAAAGCAACUCAUUGUCCAGGAGAAAGUAGUAGGGUUUGUAUAUUGGUACAGUAUGUUUUGUAUCAUAAAUAUUUUUGUACAUUAGCAGUAAGGCAUGCAUUAUCUUUGUAAUAUAUACCAAAGUAGCUAGCUAGGUUAGGUAUAUAUCUUUGUUUUACAUCACCAGCCACUCGCUCAAGUGGUUGCUGUUUGACUAAAAUUUCUGGGUCUAGGUGAUUCUAAUCUAUUUUUUAUAUAUGGCUUCUCUCUUCAUUUCCAA